AUGGUGGAAGAUGUGGUGGUUGUGGUGGUGGAAGAAAGAGAGAUGAGUGAAACUAAUUUGGAGGAACUCUGGGAUCAACUUCAUUAUGCGAUAAGAGCAUUGAAAGCUUUAAGAUUCGAUAAUACCAUGCGACAGAAAGCCAUAGAUAAAUUGAUAGCCUUACAGGAGAAAGAAUCCAUUGCGUCCAAUGAAGAAUGCAUAGCUAGAGAAGUUGUUCAAGAGGCUACUUUGGAAUUAUCUUUGGGUGAAGCGAGGUUGCAGCAGGUUCUAGUGGAGUCAGCGGGUCACAAUGCUUCUGAGGUUGAGGAUAAAGUCUGGGAGACUAUGAUUUUGGGUGAAAAAGCUGUAGAAUUAGAGCGUGAUACCACUCAAGACGCCCAAGGACAGGUUUUGGUUGGGAAAAGUACAGUUGUUGACGAGGAUGCAAUAUCGAGUGGCGUGGCUGAAAAUGAGUUAGCAGUAGAUGAAAUCUACACUUGUGAGGCAAGCUUUUCUAUGAAAAAGAAAAAACCUAUAAUUGUUGUUAUAAUCUUGUUUAUGAUGUUUGUCUCUGACUUGUUUAGAUUUGCACCGGUUGAGUCUCUCGAGCUCGCCAAACCCUGUUUCCCAUCUCCAAGUUUGGCUUUUCUUAUCUCAGUAGCUACAUUAGCUAAGUUCAACUACAUCACUCCACUACGCUUCUCUGAUCGGUUCUGUAACUAUCAUGGAAGCUUUGACGGCGACAACUACAACAUCGGAAGCCAAAUGAGAAAGACAAUCGAAACCGCCAUUUUUAAAAUCCACCAAGAAAUGGAUGAUCUCAAGGCUUUAGAAGCUAAUUCUUCUACUCCUCCAUCCUCUGUUUCAUCAGCUUCAGGAUCCAUGUUUAGGCAUGUAGCUUUUCUUGCGGAUGUUCUUUCGCUAGUUCAGUCGGUUCAUAUGGAAUUGCCUUCGUUCGAAGAGAGAUCCGUAGCAGAUCAUCCGUUGAAGCAGCAGAAAGGUGACCCUGGUGAGCAUUUUAUGAGAGAAGAGAUAAAGAAGUACAUAAAGAUCAAACCUAACCGGCUCGGGAAGCAGAAUUUCAUGGGAGCUAACGGAACAUUCACCUCGAUCGGGCACGCUUGUUUUGCGAUGAAGAAAGAUCUAGAAGAGUAUAUGGACUAUGAUGUUGGAGAAAUCUGCAAUGAUGAUUGGAGAUUAGCUCAGAAGCUUAUGGUUCAUGGAUGCGAUCCGUUGCCUAGAAGACGGUGCUUCUCCCGUGGCCCGCAGUUAUACCACAAACCGUUUCCAAUCAACGAGUCUUUAUGGAAGCUUCCGGAUAAUCGGAAUGUGAGAUGGGGACAGUAUAAGUGCAAGAACUUUGCUUGCCUAGCAAGCAACACAACAGCACGAAAAGGGUUCUUUAAAUGCACUGAUUGCUUCAACCUCACGCACCACGAAUCUCCGAGAUGGCUUAACCGAGGCGAAAUCGAUCCUGAGACGAACCAAACUGCGGAUUUCUCGAUAGCUGAAGUACUCGAGAUUAAACCGGGAGAGAUUAGAAUCGGACUGGAUUUCAGCAUUGGCACUGGAACUUUCGCAGCAAGAAUGAGAGAACAGAACGUCACGAUUGUAUCAGCAACAAUCAACCUUGGCGCUCCAUUCAACGAGAUGAUCGCUCUGCGCGGUUUAGUCCCGUUGUACUUAACCGUGAACCAACGGUUACCGUUCUUCGACAGCACGCUUGAUAUGAUUCACACGACGAGGUUUCUCGAUGGAUGGAUUGAUCUAAUACUUCUUGAUUUCGUGCUGUUUGAUUGGGACAGGGUUUUAAGGCCAGGUGGAUUGUUGUGGAUCGAUGGUUUCUUUUGUCUGAAAGAAGAUGUGAGUGAUUACAUGGAAGCGUUUAAAGCGUUGAGGUAUAGGAAACAUAAGUGGGUUGUGGUACCUAAGAAAGAUAAAGAUGAUAAAGAAGUUUUCUUCUCUGCUGUGUUAGAGAAACCUCCAAGACCCUUUAGAUGA